ACGUUGUUACGAUGGAAACGUCUCCUCCAGUAGCGACGUAAGAGGGACAAGCUGUCGGUGGCUGACUCAGCAGUAGAGCGCGGUGAUUGGUCGUUGCCCCGCGAGCGGAAGAUGACCGCCAAAUUGCCAAUGAACCACGAAAUACACCGAGUAUGAGAGCUCAAUUGAGGGCGGUGACGGAAAUAAUAAUGACGGGUACAAUGGCCCUCACCCUCUAGGACAAAUCCUGCUUCCCUCCAUCAAUUACAUACCUACGGAGAUACUCUUCAACUCCGCAUCCACGCGACGCGCCGCAAUAUCGAGCUGAACAAAGGCAGCAGCACCCUUAGCAGCUAUUGAGUGUCGGCCACCGUACAUGUGUCGGUACGAGCUUCUUGGACGCGGACUUUUAUACUGGCAGCGUAAAAGGUCCAGCGCAGACAAAGACAGCGCUUUAAGAGAGCUCCAAACAGAAUGCUCCACGAAAUCCUUCUCUCCCUCUCCGGCCAACCGUCACCACUUUUCCAAGCCCAUGCCGAAGAAGACACGGUCUCUGAGGAUGCGUUUCCUCUCCUGUCACCUCCGGAGAAAGCCCUCCUCGCCUCCCUUGCCCGUCUGAGUCGACUCCACGCUAAACUACGAGCUCAUACAGCUCUGAUCUCUUCCUCACAUCCUUCUGUCAUAUGUCGAGCUGCCUCAACUGCAAUUAGUACACGGCACCUGGGGAAUUUUCAACGAAAGGUACUCGAAGUAGAAAAAUCGAUUUUGGUGGAAGAUAGCGGGUAUGUUGGUGGUUACGGGAUUGUGCCGUUGUCAACGAUAGUCGGCGAAUUCUCCCCCUGGACCCGACGGCUCGAAUGGCUAUGGGAGGUUGCCCAAUUUAUUCUUCCUGUUCACAAGACAGCCAACAACCAGAGUUGCACGGGCGCAGCACUGAUCGAUUACCUUCGGGCGGAAUCACAAACCGGAUAUAUAGACAUUGGGGAGAUGGCGCUGCACCUAAUCAGUGCGGCUGAAACUGCUUGGAUGAGACAGCUGUCGACGUGGCUACUGUAUGGGAACCUUCCCGUGCUAGGCAAGGAUGACUUCUUCAUUCAAGAGGAUAGCAUGGCCGAGGGCAAUCGUGUCCCGGCCGUGGCAAACUUUGUUCUCCGAACAGACUUGCAACCAAAAUUUGUCUCACCGGACACAGCCUCAUCUAUCCUAUUUAUUGGGAAAACAUUGAACCUUAUCAGGGCAAAGCGCAGUGGCUCUACAACAGGUUCUCCAACGGGUCUCUUAACUACACCCGUCACUCUACACGGAGAACAUAUCGAGCACUUUGCUGAACUGAAAUCACCGAUAUCGACCGCCAAACUAUCCAAUAGUAUAGACUCCAUUCGGUUAUCAUUGUCGCAAAGCAUGCUCUCUAAACUGCUACCACUCCCUAAGAUCCUCGAGAUUCUCGCUGUCCUCCAUGACUUCUUGUUGCUGAGACGCGGCGAGUUUGCGUCGGCGCUUGUAUCGCAUGCCGAUGCUCGUUUACUUGAAAGACAUCGACGACCGGGAAAUCUGGCUUCCAAAGGCAAACUUGCCGAGGGCCUCCAAGGGCUUUCCAUCAAAGAGGGAGAUGUUGCGAAUGCUUUGUCACAAGCCUUAGCUGAGCUGUAUUCUUUGCAAAAUGAGGAAGACCCUGUAGAUGAUGAGCUUGAUCUUGCGAGAAGCCUCCUGCAGCUAUCAAUGAAUGAUAAAAGGAAAAGCCACUCAGUCGCGGCGACGCCUUCAGCAGGUGGGCCUGACCAUGUAGCGAACAUCUCAGAUAUCCCUUUCGAUGACCUCCUUUUCCCAUCUCCAACAGCUCUCUCAGCACAAGUCCACCCACCCUUGGAUUUAUUUCUCUCGGCUUCUGACGUUUUAAUUUAUUCAAAGAUUCACUCCUAUCUUCUGGGUAUACGACGUGCGCAACUACACUUGGGAGACCUUUGGAAACACACAUUCCUGCGAAAAAUUCACCCAUCCCCAUUGGGUCCGCCCAGGAGCAACUCGCAGUUUGGCCAGAGCAAGCUCAGAGCGGGGAGGCAAAGAGAUAACACCCGAACACGUCAGAUGAGACCUAUCUGGGCUACGUGCAGUGCUUCCCUUUUUGUAUUAUCAGAAAUAGGCAGCUUUUUUCAAGGGGAGGUUAUCAAUGGCUCUUGGCAACACUUCCGGGAGUGGGUUGGAGGUGCCCCAGCCUCGUCCACUAGCUCCCGACCUGGAACUUCGUCGUCGUCAAAGAGCAAACCCAGCUAUAACAGCAUGGUCUCUGAGGAAACGUCUGAAACUGGAUUGGACCGAUCCACUCAGUUGCCAAGGGCACAGCAUGAUCCUGAAACAUUGACGGUCGCACAUCGUCGAUACCUAUUCACCAUGGUCCAGGCACUUUUCUUGACCGACAGACCAUUCACCAAAGCCCUUCGGUUCCUACUUACCAGUGUUGACCAUUUUAUCGCACUUGUGGUCCGUCUCGAAAGCAUUCAGCGCAACAUGGACUUAGAGACAGACGAAGGUGUCGUGGACUCCUUAGUCGAUUACGCUGGGGAGGAGAAGGAAGUAUGGCAAGCACUCAGUGCAGCGCGAGGCGAAGUUGAGACGGGAAUCAAGGUUCUUGUGGCACGGCUGAAAGACAUUGACGACAGCCGGUCUGGAGAAGGACGAACAAUGUUUGAUAUGUCAAAAAGCCCACGUGGAAACUGGUCAAUGUACCAGCAGAAUGGAACGGGUACUGAGGCCAACAUGGGUCACUAUGUGCCCAGAAAGGCGGCCGGAGUGGAUCGACUGCUAAUGAAGUUAGACUUCGGGAACGCAAAUGGAAGCAUUGGGCCUGCAGCGUUUGUAUCAGGUGGAUAUGGCAACGCGGGAUACUAGGAUUUUCAGCUCCCAGGAAACGAGUUAUGAGAACGGUCAUGUAAUAAUUCUUAGCAUGAACUUAGGAAUCUACUAUUGUCAUGGGGCAACAUGACUGCCUAACUCCCCCACCGCCCUCCGGAGGGACUACUAACCUACGGAGUAGGGUCCGGGGAAGUCAUUGCCUACGCGGCCGCUAACAUUUAAGAGGGCUUGGGGGCUAGGAACAACGCUAGCGUCACUAACGCCAGUGCUGAACUCUGCCACAUAACCACUGCCUAUGGCAGUCGAUCAUACCUCCCCUGUGAGAGAAGGGGUCUACUAAUGGGACUUGUAAUCCCUCAAAGAAACAAAGAGAGAUGAGAAUGCAACUCUCUAUUGACACAGUUCAAGUCUCCUAGCCAUUCCUUGCGUUAGGCCCUAAUAGUAUUUGUUGACGUUAACCUUCACUGAGCCUACCUAGUAGGUUUGGACUAGGCGGGAUUUGGUUUAGCCCCUGCAGACUUGAC